AGUAGCCAUUGUGUUUUUGUGUACACCAUAAUAUCAUGUAUAGCCACCGUAUUGUUAUUUGUUGUAGUCAGUACGACUGAACAUUACCAACUAGUGACAACUGACGGACCCAUAAUUGCUGCAGGAGCAUUCUAGUUAUACACUUAUACUGACCACGAAGUUUUGUUAGGAAUCGAAGCCAUAAUAUCAGCAUGUUGUUGUUACCAGCCAUAUACUUGUUGUUGGGCAUUAACGUUUUGAACGCUUCAAACGAAAAUGAUACGAAAAAACAAAAUGUCACUAUUUCACUGCAUUCCCACAAAAACAAUUGCUUUGAUGAUCAUGAUAUUACUACAAUUUAUAGACUUGGAGCCAUAGAUUCAUCGACUGGGUGUGCAACAAAACAAAUAGGCAAUCUCAUAACAUAUUAUCGGGCCCCCACAUUAAAUUGUCCCUGGGCUCUAAGAAGUUGGGUACGUCUCUGUUCGGUUGAAAUACAUUCAAGAACAAAUGCCAUUGGAAUACCGUUGUCGAUAGACAAAAUUAUUUAUGACAACAAUAAUUCAACAUCGAAUGAUGUCUUGCAAAUAAAUUUUGCUGAGUUUUAUAAAUACGGAUUUAUUCAAAAUAAUAGUCGUAUGAACGUUUAUUUUGAUUCAAAUUACUGGAAACAAUCAACAAUUGGAUCUAUGGGAGAAGAAUGCAACUUAGACUCUGGUACUCCCAGUACUUAUACUACGAAUUAUACAGAAUACAACUUAAAUGAAUGUAUUAAAACAUUAGAAUAUGAAAGCCAUUUUUAUCCAUACUACAGAAGUGAUAAUAUUCAUCAGACAUUUCUAACGGUUCAUUGGAAGCCAAUUAAAAAACAAAGUUGCAUAUCAAUUACAUAUUUUCAUAAUUUAGAUUCCGAUAUGGAAAUCAUUAUGAGUAUAUUCAAUGAAAAUGAUACGAUAAUAAAUUCACCAAUAUUAGAAAAACAUGAUAGCUUAACAACAUUAAAAGUUGACAAUAUGGCUCUUAUUCAAGAUCAGAAUUAUAAAAUAUCAUUAAAAAGGAAAUAUGGUAAUAGACAUAACUAUCACGGAUAUAAUAGUAAUUUCGUAAACUGGUUCAAACUCUUUCGGAUUACUCAAUGUCCAGAUAAUGAUGAAGAAGAAGUCAGAGUUCUUUCUAUGAAUAAUACUGAUAAUUAUUGGUGUAAGUCACUUGAACUCUCCAAUGUACUCGGAAAUGAUAAUACUAGUGUCUGCGACAAAAUGACAACAUCCUCAACUAAAUCUUGUUUAAACGGAGGUUUCAUGGUAUCAACAAGAUCAACGUGCGUUUGCCCUCCCGGAUUUAAAGGAGAAUUUUGUGAAAUAGGAUGUGGAUCUAAUUAUUAUGGAGCCGAUUGUAAAGGUGUAUGUUCAAUGCAUACCGAUAAAAUGUGUCGCGGAUUGUUGAUGUGUACGAAAUUGUAUGGCUGUACAUGUCCACCAGGUCUGACCGGUCCAUUGUGUAACAUAGAUUGUACACGGGGUACAUAUGGUGCUGAUUGUAAACAAACAUGUUCAUCGAAAUGUCGUAACAAUAAAUGUGACCAAUAUACUGGCGUCUGUUAUCAAGGAUGCUCAGAAGGAUAUUUGCCACCGUAUUGUCUACAAAAAUAUCCAUACCUCAUUAGUCCACCUACACUACUUUCGGACAAAUACGAAGCGAUAGAGAUGGAAAUUAAUUUCAAACCGGAUAAUGUAAAAGGAGGAGAUAAAAAUAUUAAGUUAAAAUAUUAUCAAAUAUUUUAUAAAUCAAUAAUUGAAAAGGAAUUUACAAAAUCUGAAAUCAAACUUAUAAAUGAAACUAGUACCACAGACAUUCUACAUGAUUUAGAAGCAGAUACCACAUAUACAAUUGGUGUUAUGGUUAUAACAAGUGAUGGUAAUUUCAAUCGUGAAGAUAUAGUUUUUAAUCAAUAUAAGACAUCGUGUAUCCAACCCAAUAUUACUGACUAUAACAUUCAGUUAAUCAGUGGGAUAAAUAGCGUCAACAUACGAUGGGAUAAAAUACAUCUUAACCGAUUAGAAUGCAAUAUAAUUGAAUAUAUGUUGACAUUAACUUUUAACCAAUCAAAAAAUCAAGUGACUGGUAUUGAAGAAAUAAAAUCAAGUUCCAAUAGUGGCCAUUCAAUAGAAGAUCUUUAUCCUGGAUACAAUUAUAGUAUAUUCCUGACUCCUAAGACUAAUAGAGGACUAUUAAUUUCGUCACCUACUUAUUCAUUUACUCCUCUCAUAACAAGAAACGACGUCAUUAUAAAAGAUUUAGUUGCAACUUCGAUUGAUAAUACAAUUAAAAUCUCCUGGAAAUUAGAAAAUGCUAACCAACAAGAUACAAUAGUUGUAAAUGAACCUUUUACAUAUGUUGUCAGAUACAAACUACAACGAAUCCUCAGUUGUUCUUUGGAAAAAUUAGAAAACAAUUGGACCUCAAUAAAAAUUUUCAAUCGAACGAACUACGAAAUAUUUGACACGAUACCUAAUUCACAGUACUGUAUACAAGUUACAGUUGCUAAUGAUGAGGAAAAUACUCAACGAGAAACCCAGAUUUACGCAUUAACACCAGCAUCAAGUCCAAAAACUGAACCUAUUUUUGACCUUGAACACCCAAUGUAUGUGACGAAUGACUCGGUAUUUCUUCAGUGGAAAAUCGAUCCCAUUAAUUGUUCAAAGUUAAAUGGAUUCUUAUCAACGUUUUACAUUGAAUUAAAGGAUAAGGGAAGUGACACAUUAGAAAUAUUAGAAACGAAAACAAACUCCAUUAACAUCAAAAAGCUGAAAUCAAAUAAUUAUUAUGAAGUAAAAGUGUUUAUAAAAACACACAUCGGUUAUAAUCUUGAACAUUAUCUGUUCACCAAUUUUACAACUAAAUCAAGAUAUUUAGAACCAGUUUCUGACUUAGUAGCUUAUAAAAAAAGUCUUAAAUAUCAAUUGGUAGGCCUUCGUUGGUAUUAUUCAGAAGAUGCAAAUUUAGAUGGAUUUAUAGUUUCAAUUAACGAAGACGCUUUUGGAAACGCAAACAAUAUUUCAGUGAUUUCCCCAACGAAAUGUUCCGCUUGGCCAGAAUACUAUUGUCAUACUUAUCAUAAUUUGAGCCCUAUAAACAACUUCACGUUUAAAAUAAAACCAAAGUCGUUCGAUUAUCCUGAAGGUGGUCACGAGUCGUCAAUUUCAUUUAACUUAGACGAUGAAUUGCCAGACUCUCCAAAGAAUUUAAAAAUUAUUGACAUUGGAAAUACUUUUAUGACUCUUCAGUGGGAUAUUCCAUGGAUAUUUAAUGGUGUAUUAAAAAUGUAUAUUAUUAACGUAGAAGAAAUAUCAUAUAAAGAUAUGAAAUUGUAUUCUGGCAUUGGAACAAUAGAAUUGCCAAUUUAUGAAGAAUUGCCUUCUUAUAAUUAUACGGUCAAAAAUCUAAAUCCUGAAUCGACCUAUUCAAUUGGAAUAUUAUCCGUAUCUACGUCACUAUGGUAUAGUUUUCCGAUCAAAAUUCAAGCAAAAACACUUUCAGACGCUUAAUUAUUAUUAACAUAAUCGAUGUUUAUUUUGUUAAAUCAUAAUAUUUUUUAUUAUUUUUAAUUGUUAUUUAACUAACACAAUCAUACUGAUAUGUUGCAUUUUAUAUUACAUUAUUACGUGCUUUUCUAGCCAUAUUAUUAUUUAUACAUCAUAUUUUGUACGUUCAUACUAAUUUACAAUUUGGCAUGAAGUCGUUUAAGUGUUUAAAUCAGCAGUAAAACAUUAUACUGAAACUUGUGAGACUUAUUUAAUCAGAGUCAGUAUGUUUUUUUUUCUUACUAUGUUAUUUAAUGGACAACUCUGAGUGGUUUAAAUGUCAUCAGUAUAAACUAUAAAUAUUUAAUAGAGUUGAAUAAAUCGAUUUACAAACCUUAU